AUGGAACUCAAAAUCAUUCCUCUUUUCUUUUCCACCCUCCUAGUUUUAUUUCAAGUCUCCUUCUCCACCGGACAAACUGUCGUCAAAGGUGGUUACUGGUUUCCUGGUAGCGGCUUCGCAAUUUCUGGCAUAAAUUCUACCCUUUUCACUCAUCUUUUCUGUGCAUUUGCCGAUGUCAAUAGCCAAACAUAUCAGGUUACAAUCUCAUCCUCAAAUCAAGCUCAAUUCCAAACCUUCACGAGUACAGUCCAACAAAAAAACCCUUCAGUGAAAACCCUUUUAUCAAUUGGUGGAGGUGGUUCCGAUGUAACCACAUUCGCUUCGAUGGCUAGCCAAUCCAGUUCUCGUAAAUCAUUUAUUGAUUCCUCGAUAAAGUUAGCAAGGUCUAACAAUUUUCAUGGCCUUGACCUUGACUGGGAGUACCCUUCUGAUUCUACGCAAAUGAACAAUUUUGGCACCCUUCUUACUGAGUGGAGAACUGCUGUAGCCGCUGAGGCUAAAAGUUCUGGCAAGACACCAUUGCUGUUAUCUGCAGCGGUUCUCUACUUAUCAUACUAUUAUUCAUCCUCGGUGACUUACCCUACCCAGGCUAUAUCAAACAACCUGGAUUGGAUUAAUCUAAUGGCCUAUGAUUUUUAUGGCCCAGGAUGGUCUCCAUCAAGCACCGGACCUCCGGCUGCUUUAUACAAUCCGGGGAGCCAACAAAGUGGAGAUAAUGGGGUCAAGUCUUGGAUUCAGGCUGGCUUGUCUGCAAAGAAACUAGUACUUGGCCUUCCCUUUUAUGGCUGGUCAUGGCGUCUGACAAAUGCGAAUAACCAUGGUCUUUUUGCACCGGCUAAUGGACAAGGUCUAGCAGGAGAUGGAUCAAUAGGGUAUAAUCAGAUCAAGCAGUACAUAACCCAAAAUGGAGCUACUAAAGUAUUCAACGCCACUGUUGUUACGGACUACUGUUAUAGUGGAACAACAUGGAUUGGAUACGAUGAUACUCAGUCUAUCUCCACUAAAGUUGCAUAUGCUAAAGGAAAAGGAUUGCUAGGUUACUUUGCCUGGCAUGUUGGUGCCGAUGACAAUUGGACCCUUUCUACUAAAGAAGCACGCGCUGGAACUAUUUACGAAACUACCACUACACACAGUUUCCUUUGGCUGCUGUCGUUCACCAUUCCGCCAGAUUCUGACCUCCUUUCUGCAUGUGAAGACCGUCAUGUUGAAACUCUCGACCUAGUCGGCUUGUUGAUGAGGGCCGCCAGACUCACUGCUAGCCAACAAAUGCAUAUCGGAGGCUUAAAGUUUUGGCUAGACUAA